UCCAGAAAUUAUUGUUGCAGCACGAGCUGGGCGCAUGUGGCCUGAGUGUGGUAAAUAAGCUUUUCAUAUUACUUGUUGAUGCGAUUUCCUGUUUCUAGAAACGGCAAGUUAUCUACUCUUUCUGAAGUAGCUUCUUCCGAGAGUGGUUUUGUGUCCUCUUACUGUGGUGAUAACUCAGUUGGGGAGGACCUUGAGACAUCGAGACGUGCAACUGUUCAUUCGGAAAAUUUCCGAAAAUCUAGUUUCAGAAGGAGGAGUUCGAACUUCUUUCGAAUGUUGGUUCGGUUACAGAACUUGAGAAUGCUACUGUCCUACUUUGCUUAUUUUGUGCGCUGGUUCACGAACAAGACGUGGCUAAGAGGGUUUUCACCAAAGGGAAGCUUGUUGAAGCAUUGGAAAGAAGAGUUUUUUGUUGAACUAGUUCUGUUGAGAAGAAACUUUUGGUGGAUAUUUGUCCUGUUUUUUAGCGUUGUAUUUCAUAAUUCUUGCUCCAACCUCGCGUACUAUUUGUAUAACGAGGCUGAAGCGUACAAGUUGGCACCACUUCACGAUUGGGUCUAUGAGUUUCUUCCAAAGUUUUCGAAACCGUCUAUAGCGGAAUGGAUAUGUAAUGCUAGUUUUUACGUUAUCAAUUUGACGAUGGUGGCAGUUGCUUUACAGCCCUUCUUUCGUUUGGACUAUGUGUAUAGUAGACUAUCACAGGAUAUAUUGCGUUCCUGUUGUUUUUCUCCUGUUACGGAGUUGGAGGAUAAUAAUACGGACAGUGCUAGAGAAGGUAGCAGUGUAGAUUCUUUUUGGUAUAAUGGCGGAGUUCGUAUUGCUUCCAUCCACAUGAUAAGGCGUUUUUCUGCUGCUUAUUUUGUUGGUUGUUUAUUGAGAUGUACAAGUUUUUUGAUGACAACACUACCAGGAACUGCCGCUCAUUGUUUACAGGAACCAUUGGGAUAUUACGAUCCUAACAAAGCUCCUGGUUCGUGGAAAGAUAUUCUAUGGAAUACCAAUUGGGAAACGAAAUGUGGAGAUUUGUUGUUUAGCGGACAUUCACAACAAGGUAUAUUGGCGACUCUUAUCAUUCAUCGUUAUUGUUCUCUGCGCAUUUUGGCAUAUCUAAUGUGGCCGAUUUUGCUCAUUUUUGAAUAUACAAUUGUAGUUACUCGGAGACAUUAUUCAGUGGAUGUUUUAGUUGCCAUGUAUGUUAUUCCGUUGGUAUGGUAUUGGUUAAGUCAAUGUUCAUUACUAGACGAAGCGAAUGAUCAAUGGGUUGUAGAGAAAGUCCUGAAUAAGAUGAAUUUGUAUAGAUAUGUAAGGGACGACUCAGAAGCAGAUGUAGUUGUUUAAAGAAAUAUUUAGAUGGAUAUACCACCAUUUUUU